CACCUAGGCUUCAAGCAGAUAUUCAGGCCGUUCGUCUCUCAGUACAAACUUGAGAAGCUCGUCGCCGAAUUCCUUCAUGUUGAAGACGCGAUUGUUUUCAGCAUGGGCUUUGCAACGAAUUCAAUGAACGCCCCGUGUCUCGUCGAUAAGCACUCUUUGAUCAUUUCCGACCAACACAAUCAUGCUUCGCUUAUACUUGGAUGUCGCCUUUCUGGUGCUUCGACAAAAAUAUCGGUCUCACUGGAGAAAAUUUUGCGCAAUGCUAUUGCCUAUGGCAACCCGAACACACAUCGCCCAUAUAAGAAAAUUUUGAUCAUUGUUGAAGGUAUCUACUCAAUGGAAGGAUCUAUCUGCAAUCUUCCCCAAGUGAUUGCUUUGAAAAAGAAGUACGGGCGCUUAUCUGUAUCUAGACGAAGCUCAUUCAAUAGGUGCGAUGGGAUCCAGUGGGAGAGGUGUGGGGUGGUUAAUAGUGGAUGUAAUCCCAUGGACGUUGAUGUUCUUAUGGGCACGUUCACAAAAAGCUUUGGCGCUGCAGGUGGAUAUAUUGCAGGCUCAAAGAAAGUAAUCGAUCAUCUCCGAGUGAAUUCACCUACAGGAUACUAUUCAUGCCCAAUGUCGCCUCCUGUUGCACAGCAGAUCUACACGUCGAUGAGCAUCAUAAUGGGCAAGGACGGAACCAAUGACGGAGCUCGACGGAUUGAACAAUUGGCUAGGAACUCACGAUAUUUCCGAUUGCGACUCAAGCAAAUGGGAUUCAUCGUCUACGGCAGUGACGACAGCCCUGUAGUGCCUGUAGUGUUUUACUAUCCCACUACAUGCGGGUUCUACGGAAGAGAGAUGUUAGCACGCGGAAUAGGUGUUGUCGUGGUCUCUUUCCCGGGAACCGAUAUGACUGAAUCACGAUGUCGGUUCUGCAUUUCAGCAUCUCAUACUAAAGAAAUGCUCGAUAAGGUACUAGAUGCCGUCAAUGAAGUGGGCGACUUAUCCUCAUCGAAGUAUUCGAAACGAGCACAUCUGUACAAAAACAUGAAGAUUGAGUGGUAUCCCGUUUCAGGAGCUCGACGGAUUGAACAAUUGGCUAGGAACUCACGAUAUUUCCGAUUGCGACUCAAGCAAAUGGGAUUCAUCGUCUACGGCAGUGACGACAGCCCUGUAGUGCCUGUAGUGUUUUACUAUCCCACUACAUGCGGGUUCUACGGAAGAGAAAUGUUAGCACGCGGAGUAGGUGUUGUCGUGGUCUCUUUCCCGGGAACCGAUAUGACUGAAUCACGAUGUCGGUUCUGCAUUUCAGCAUCUCAUACUAAAGAAAUGCUCGAUAAGGUACUAGAUGCCGUCAAUGAAGUGGGCGACUUAUCCUCAUCGAAGUAUUCGAAACGAGCACAUCUGUACAAAAACAUGAAGAUUCGAGUGGUAGAAAUCAGCCUGAAGUACGACAAUUUGAUAACUGCGACAGUGGCCCGAUCGUUGUAA